AUGGUCAGAGACUCCUACGAAGACCUGGAGGAAGAACACCACCACCUCACCCCAGAAGCCCUCUUCUACUCGGCCAUGAACGUCACCAGAGGCCAUGUGGACAUUCCAUGGAUCAUCAGCCUCGUCUACCUCGAAGAAAACGAAGAGGAAGAAGCAGCCAUGCCCCGCUAUUGGGAAAAAAUCGCCGACGUCAGGGCCAGACGGGACUUCGUCUUCUUGCAAGACAAGCCGCUCUCCAAGGACGAAAGAAGAGAGGCAAGAAGAUCCAACAGAAAGCAGCUGAUGAGGGAAAAAGGCUGGGAGUACGCGAAAGCGAACUCAUACGCAGUCAAGUACCUCCUCAACCUGCCAGAGGACAAGGCGACCCAAACCACAGCAGCUCAGCAUCAGCAGCAGGCCUGCCAAACAGACUCAGGAAAGGCUUAUCCACGUUAA